AUGGAAAAAACUAAAGUAAGUAGAUGUCUUAACUUGGGAUCAUAUAACUAUCUUGGUUCUGCUGCGGCUGAUGAAUACUGCACUCCUCGAGUAAUUGAUACAUUGAAGAAGUAUUCUCCAAGCACUUGCAGUACGCGGGUGGACGGGGGCACAACUGCACUUCACAAUGAAUUGGAGGAAUGUGUAGCUAGUUUUGUUAGAAAGCCAGCUGCGUUGGUUUUUGGAAUGGGCUAUGUGACUAACUCUGCUAUUCUUCCGGUCUUGAUGGGGAAGGGAAGUUUGAUUAUUAGUGAUUCACUGAACCACAACUCAAUUGUUAAUGGUGCACGGGGAUCAGGAGCAACUAUUCGUGUUUUUCAACACAACGUGCCAGCACAUCUAGAAGAGGUUUUACGAGAACAAAUUGCUGAUGGGCAGCCAAGAACACACAGGCCUUGGAAGAAGAUAAUGGUUGUUGUGGAGGGGAUAUACAGCAUGAAAGGAAAGCUUUGCAAACUUCCAGAGAUCAUAGCUAUAUGCAAAAAGUUUUAA